AAGAGAAUAUGAAUGGCCUUGUAAAGUUAGCGUCAAUUCCAGAACAACAGGUAUCCAACAUUAUUUAAACCCAUGAUAUCACAAAUUCUUCUUUUCAUUCCGAGGUAAUGAAUUCACCUAUCCUAAUACUUGAUUUAUUAUUAUGAACUAAGUGUGAAGAUUACUUGCUACAACUUCUUGUUUCUUUUUCCUUUCUAUUUUGAGUUCUUGAAACUGUUAAACUUUUGAGGAUGUAUAAAUUUUGAGAAAAUUUCAAACACCGCCUCAAUAUUUAGUUGAAUUUAAGUUCUGUAUUUAAUUGUUGAUGUGUGAAAUAAUUUCUGUGGACACAAUGCAAUAUUUGAGCAUUUGGCCUUCAAGAAGCGAGUCUUGGCCCUCUUUUGCGGUAACCCGAUUGGACUUUGAAUUGGGUUCUUGUUAUAAUUCAAUUAAAAGGAAGCAAAGAAGAAAAAUAUUUGAUUUUUGUGAUUCUCUGAGUUAUAGGAAUGGGAAUAGUUUUAGGAGCCAAAAAUGGGGUAUGGGAUGUAAGUUCUUUUGUAUAUACUCUAGACCUGAAGUUUAUAUGUUCUCUAAGCCAAAGAAAGGUUGUUUUGGUGAAUCUUUUGCGUUGACAUGUGCGUCGGAGGAACGAGCUGUUGGGAACAUUGUCAUGGAAGAAAACAUAGAAUCAUUGAAUGAUUUCUCUGAGAAUAAGGACUUUGGUCAAAUUCGAUUGGAGAGCAUAAAGGAGAGGAACUCGACAUGUGGCGACGAAUAUGAUAGCAAGAGUGGUGACGGUGAUGGUAAUGGUGAUGGUGAUGGUGAUGAUGAUCGAGAACAAGGGGAACUUCAAUGGAAAGAAAAGGUACGAAGUGAGAAUUGUGAGAAGGUGGACUUUGAUUGCGUUCAAUUGGAGAGAGUAAUGGGGAGGGAUUCGGUACAUGGCAACAAAUGUGAUGCCAAGGGUGAUGAUGAUCAACCUCGAAUUUAUUUGGAAGAAAAGGUACAAAGAGAGAAUAGUACAAGGGUUGAUGUCCGGGCACUAGCAUGGAGUUUACACUCAGCCACAACGGCAGAGGAUGUGGAUGAGGUUUUAAGGGACAAGGGUGAACUGCCUCUUCAGGUUUAUUCAUCUGUACUUAGAGGUUUUGGCAAAGACAAAAGGCUAGAUUCUGCAGUGGCUCUUGUUCAGUGGCUCAAGAGAAAGAGCAAAGAAAUGAAUACUUCUAUACGGCUCAAUGUGUUUAUAUAUAACAGCCUUUUGGGAGUUGUGAAGGAGACUGAAAAUUAUGAUUUUGUUGAACAAGUAGUAAAUGAUAUGGCUGUGGAAGGGGUGCGUCCUAAUGUUGUGACAUACAACACUUUAAUGUGUAUUUAUAUAGAGCAGGGUCGGGAAGUUGAGGCUCUUAAUCUUUUUGAAGACAUGCCACAAAAGAGUGUAUCUCCAUCCCCUGCAUCUUAUUCUACAGCCUUAUUUGCUUAUCAGAGACUGGGAGAUGGAUUUGGAGCUUUGAAGUUAUAUGUUGACAUAAAAGAUAAGUAUCAAAAAGGUAAAAUUGGAAAAGAUGAUGAAAAUUGGGAAUAUGAGUUUUCAAAGUUAGAGAAUUUCUGUAUUCGUAUUUGCUUCCAGGUCAUGCGGCGUUGGCUUGUGAAUAGUGAGAAUUUAAGCACUGACUUGUUGCGGCUACUAACGGAGAUGGAUCUUGCCGGGCUUCAUCCUGAACGUGCAGAUCACGAGCGCCUUGUGUGGGCAUGUACCCGUGAAGAACACUGUGCUGUGGCUAAGGAAUUGUAUACCAGGAUAAGAGAAAGGGACACUGAAAUAAGCUUAUCUAUAUGCAAUCAUGUCAUUUGGUUAAUGGGAAAGGCGAAGAAAUGGUGGGCAGCUCUUGAAAUUUAUGAGGACUUGUUGGACAAAGGGCCGAAACCAAAUAACAUGUCCUAUGAACUGAUUGUCUCUCAUUUUAAUAUACUUCUGAGUGCAGCUAGAAAAAGAGGAAUUUGGAGAUGGGGUCUGAGCUUGCUCAACAAAAUGGAAGAGAAAGGCCUUAAACCUGGCAGUCGGGAAUGGAAUUCUGUUCUUGUUGCCUGUUCCAAGGCAUCAGAAACUUCUGCUGCUGUUCAAAUAUUUAAGAGAAUGGUCGAACAAGGUGAAAAACCUACGAUAAUCUCCUAUGGGGCAUUGCUUAGCGCUCUUGAAAAAGGAAAACUUUACGAGGAGGCCCUUCAGGUUUGGAAACAUAUGCUUAAAGUCGGCGUUGAGCCAAAUUUGUAUGCAUAUACUAUUAUGGCCUCAAUUUAUGCUGGACAAGGAAAAUUCAACAUUGUUGAUUCCAUCAUCCGUGAAAUGGUUUCAGUCGGGGUCGAGCCAACUGUUGUCACAUUCAAUGCAAUUAUAAGUGGAUGUACACGAAAUGAUUUUGGAAGUGCAGCAUUUGAAUGGUUUCAGCGCAUGAAACUUCGAAAUAUAACACCGAAUGAGGUUACUUAUGAAAUGUUGAUUGAAGCGCUAGCCAACGAUGGUAAACCAAGACUUGCUUAUGAGUUGUAUUUGAGGGCUCAGAAUGAGGGCCUUGCUCUCUCUUCAAAGGCUUAUGAUACAGUUGUCCAAUCAUCAGAGGUAUACGGAGCAACCAUCGAUGUAAGCACACUCGGUCCUCGACCACCGGAUAAAAAGGGAAAAGUGCAGAUCGGGAAAAAUUUAUCAAAAUUUUGUAGUAUAGCUGAUGUUCCUAGAAGAAGUAAGCCGUUCGACAGACAGGAAAUUUAUAGUGCACAGACAGAGGACUACAUAGGUGAAUAUUAAAAUUCUGUGAGUUAUCUAUGCUGCCAUUCGUGUGCGCUUUUAAAGCAAGGGAGGUCCUUCUCUUUAUGCAAAGUUCUUUAAGGUAAAAUGUGUUAAAUUGCUAUACAUUGCCGAUAUUCAGAUUCAUGAACGACGCUAGGAGAAUAGUAUUGACGAUGCUCUUGUUAACUAAUGUCGUUGAGGUUCUUUCAUACUAAAGUGUUCUUUCAGGUUAUUCUUACGGAGACUUUCAAAUUUCUCAAACUGUAAGCCUGGAGAAUGAAUUGGAUAAUCUUGAUUAUGAUUCUGCCUAUUCUCAUAAUUGAAGAUUGCAUCGUGAUAUUCGAUAUUAAUGUUGGUUACUAUUUGAGUGUCACAAGA